AAAGGGUUUCCCGUUUCCUCUUUUUUAAACAACCGGGAUUCAUGACAUGGUUAUAGUCACAUAACCUGAUGGUCGUCAGUUAAAGAGCUUGAAUGCUUUUAAAACAUAUCAGCUUUGCCUCAUGCACAAACCUCUAUUCAGUGAGAUGUGGGCAGCCUCUGUGGGGAUGCACAGUUUCAGAUGUAAACUAAAGACAAUACAAGGAAAUAGGAAGUGGCCUGUGCAGGCUUCCAGAAGUUUCCCAGAAAACUGAUGUUAAAGUCAAACCACUGAGCUUGUCUAAGUUCACUACUCAGGCCUGGAACAGCACAUUUAGCUGCCUGGGAACUGGAAAAGGUGAAUCCAAAGCAAUGGCUGAAGCGAUACCACUGCGAGAAAAGAAGCAGAAAACUCUACCUCGGUCAGAUGGGUGUGGUCUGAAUAACUUUGAUGCUCUGGAUUUGUCUGGAGGGCUGAGGAUAGUCCUGGUAGGCAAGACCGGUUCAGGAAAGAGUGCCACAGGAAACACCAUCCUUGGUAGAGCUGCCUUCAAAGAGGACCCGAGCCCUGUAUCUGUGACCAAGCACUGUGAGACACAGAGCGGGGAAGUGGAUGGUACCACGAUUCAGGUGAUUGACACUCCAGGUCUGUUUGAUACAGGCAUCACAGAGGAUGAAUUAAAAACCAGAAUAGAGGAGUGCGUGAAGAUGUCUGUGCCCGGCCCCCAUGCCUUCCUACUGGUGAUCAGGCUAGGAGUAAGGUUCACCGAGGAGGAAAGGAAUGCUGUGAAGUGGAUCCAGGAUAACUUUGGAGAUGAUGCCUCCAUGUACACUAUCAUGCUGUUUACAUGUAAAGAUCAGGGUAAAGCUGACAAUGCCCUGAAGGAGUGCAAGGAGCUGCGGAGACUCUCAAUCACUUUUGGACGCAGAUACCAUGCCUUCAACAACAAUGACGCAGAUGACAGAGAACAGGUCAAGGAGCUGAUCACCAUGAUCAAGGAAAUGGUACAGGAAAAUGGAGGGAAACACUACACCAAUGAGAUGUAUGAGAAAGCCCAGAGGAAGCUGAGAGAGGAGGAGGAGAUAAGGAGACAAGAGGAGGAGGAGAAGAAACAGGAGGAGAAGAAAAUGUGGGAUGCAGAGAGAGAGAAGCAAGAGAAAGAGAGAGCAAAGGAGAAAAAGGUUAGAAUAAAGAAUAUACGCGUGGCCUCAGCUGCUGCUGUUGUGUUGGUGGCAGCUGGGGUGAUUAUAGCAGUGGGAGCUAACACCACAGUGGCUCUGGCUCUGGGGGCUCCUGUGCUCAUCAUGGGAUUGUUAUGUAGUGUAGCUGCCCUUUGCAUAUGGAAGGGUUUAAGAUGCAAAGCAAAAGCAGGUGUUCCAAUAUAACUAGUGACAAGGACAUGUUGAGCCAUCUGCAGUAUUGUAUUGCAAGCAUUACUAUCUCAUGUUGCUAUAACAGUGAUGUGAAUGAACAUGUGGAUUUUAUGCUGGCAGUAAACAAACUAUUUUGUUGUGUUUAUUUUCUUUUCACUCAUUUAUUGUUUAUAUAUAUAUAUAGUUUGAAUUCUUAUCUUAUCUUAGCUUUCACAAAGUUUGUAAAUACAGUUUACACUUUCAUAACUUAUGUGACAAUUGCUCAAAUAAACUAAAUCUUCAUGCUGA